AUUACACGAGAGAGGUUUCUCGAUGUAACCUGAACCCUUCUUGUUGUUACCCCGUGAAGGUCGGGAGAUCUUAUGGACAAUUAGAGACAGUAAACUCUUUUAGAAAGUCUGCAAGCAGCACAAUUUAGCUGGGCUAUUGAAUUGUUCCAUCAUCCACCCAGCAGCUUAAAGAUGUUCUUCCAAUGACUUCUUGUAGCGGACUGAGAGGGAGCUCGAUAUUCGAUACAGUUGAGGAUUAAACUGUAAAGUGACAAGUUUUGGAAAGUGAGAUGGCCAAUAGGCAAAAGCGGGUGAUUUUCACCGGAGGAGCUUUAUUGAGCUUCGCCUCUGUUUUGACCGCCCUGGUGGCUCUGGGCACUCAGUCCUGGGUCGAAGGAUCCUUGCUGUGUAAGACCGGCGUGCAACUUGUCAACGCAUCGGGAGCAGAGCUACACAAAUUCAUUGGGGCCAUCAGUUACGGCAUGUUCCACGGCCAGAGACUCCGAGAAUGUGGUCUCGGCGGGCGACACUUCCAAAUUACCUUUUUUCCAACCCUUUUGGACGGCAUACCUGCAGGUCUUCACGUACUUGUUCUACUGUUUGCUGCAGCAGUCAUUGUGUUUGCGCUGGUGGCCACUGGAUUCUUCAUGUUCAAUGCUUUUGGAAGACCUUACGAGACCCUCCAUGGUCCUGUGGGCUUGUACCUCUGGAAUGCCAUUGCAUGUUCGUGUGGUUUUAUGGUGAUGAUACUGUUUACCUCCGAAGUGAAGAUUCAUCGUCUGUCUGAGAAAAUUGCAAAUUACAAAGAAGAAAGCUUUGUCUUCAAGACAUACACUGAAGUGUUUGGAUAUUCCUUCUGGCUUGUCUUCGCAUGUACGAUGAUACACUGCAGUAACAUACUGCUCAUAAGGUCAAUAGGAAUCCAGUUUCCUUUCUCGAUGUCAAAAAGUACCAAUUCGAGCGAUGGGGGAGUUGACCUAAUGUACUGAACCUCUCUAUCCCCAGAACUUCCCAGUCACAUUUCCGCAUCCCGAGCUCCGGAUAGCCUGAUGUUUAUGGAUUGAUGAUUCUGACCAUCCUGUGCUGUGUGAUCCUGAAGUGUAUAUGAACUGGUCCUCUGGAUAAUGCAGCAUGCAAGUGUCUUUAAGACACAUCACAGGGUUGAAAUUAAUGUGCGGCACAGUGGCACAGGGGUAGAGUUGCUGCCUCCCAGCGCCAGAGACCCGGGCUCAUUCCUGACUACGGGUACUGUCUGUACGGAAUUUGUACGUUUUCCCCGUGAC